UACUGCGGCGACCGCUAACGGGCGCGCAGUUUAAAUUCGUGCGGGGUCGACGCCGAGCUCUGGGAGCCUGUGGCCUCGCCGUGGAACAGUAUUUUGUCUCAGCGAUGAGAAAAGUAACUAAGACUGGUAUUUUAAGUCAUAAGACUGAAGUGGUGUAGCUGAAGAGCAGCAGUCCAGAAGAGCACCUGCUACUGGUUGGAGGAACCUCUAUGGAGUCUCCAGGGAUGGGUCCUGACUCGGUGACCUCAGGAAUUAAGAGACGCGUGAAAGACAAAAGAGUUUCAAAGACUACACUGAAUGUUUCUCUUGCUUCAAAAAUCAAAACAAAAAUAAUAAACAAUUCUUCUAUUUUCAAAAUUUCCCUAAAGCACAACAACAGAGCAUUGGCUCAGGCUCUCAGUAGGGAAAAAGAAAAUGCUCGAAGAAUUGCAACCGAAAAGAUGCUGUUGCAAAAAGAAGUGGAGAAACUGAAUUUUGAGAAUACCUUUCUUCGAAUAAAACUAGAUAACUUGAACAAGAAGCUUAUAGAAAUAGAAUCACUCCUGAGCAAUAACUUGAUAACCGCAAUUGAAAUGAGCAGUCUUUCUGAGUUCCACCAGACCUCCUUUCUGCCAUCCAAUAGUAAGAAGAAACGGCCCAGCAAACAGUGCACGUUGAUCCGUCUUCCAUUUGCAAGGGUUCCACUACCUUCGAAUGAUGAUGAGGAGGUUGAUAAAGAGAAAACGCCAUGGGACAGCAGUGUCACAUCAAGGGUGUCACCUGAUGCUCCGUCUUCAGUAUCAGAAAGUCAGUCUGCCCCGACUCAGUGUAACGUGGACACGUUGUUUCUUAAAGAAAAUAAUUGGAAUAUGUGUGGUCUAGAUGACUCAGAGCAUAUUUCUUCUAGUGUCGACGUACCUCCCAAAGAGAGUCAUUCCCACUCAGACCGAAGUUCCCAGCCUGCCGUGGUGGGUGAGACAACCAAUGCCCCUGGCACCAGCUGUGUAAAGGAGAAGCUGUCCCUGAGUAACGUGACAGCGAGGAAGAAGCGCGUGUCUGCUGCAGACACGCCGCCGGGGGCAGAUUCAGGGCAGCAGCAGAGUUGGAGUCCGGAAUUUGGCUGGCCUGUGGAGACAGAGGGUUGUGCUGAUGAAAAAAACAUCGCAGUGCCCAGAAAUGCGCAGGGCCUUCCUGGCCUGGAAAACCCUCCUGUGCCUUCCAGGGAGCCUGCCGAAGACAGGGCAGGCCGAGCCCAGGACAGCAGCGACCCCUGGGGGCAGGUGACUGUGUUCGGGGCCGACAUGGAGCUGACAGCCACCGACGUGAGCACAAUCGUCGCCGUUUCCCGAGGCGGCAGACGGGGAAGCAAUAGAAAGAUAAACGACUGCAAACCGAAGGCUUUCAGGAAGGUGAGGGAUGGGAGCUCUGAAACAAAGAGAGACAGGCCAAAGAGAAAACGUAAGAUUAGUGCAGGAGUGGAUGCUGAGGAGAAGGCAGAAAACGGACCGGAAGGAAGCUCUGCGCUCGCGGGCAACAGCAGAGAUUCGAGAGACCCGGAUUUUACUCUCAGUACUGCGCAGCUGCCUCUGGCGAAUCCACUGAGGAAAAUGAGCCUUCAGCAUGGCUCUGGCCAAGAGGACAGACACAGUGCCCAGUGCAGCGGAGAGGACAAAGAAGCAGGUGCUGCCUGCCCACAGGAGGAAGCCAGAGGGGGAGGCGUGCACAUGCACCCGAACUCGCUAGCGUGUAGUAGUAAAAGCAAAGUUUCCAGGCAGACCUUUGUGAUUCCUAAGUUAGAAGAAGAUCACUUAGUCCCAAACCAAGCAGAUAAAGAAACCAUUAAUGAAAACCUAGAAGUUGCACCAGAAUUUCGGACAGCUGAUCUUUCCUCCAGAGAAAAUGGAAAUUUAUGUGACUGUGAGACCCAGAAUAUGUUGGCGUUAAAAAAGUAUGUCACCAAUAGGCAGCCCGCUCAGCAGGAUCGGUCAGAGGUCAGUAAGUUUAAGCAGAAAGUAAACAGAAAGACAGAAGUAAUUUCUCAAGUGAACCAGAGGUAUGGGGAUAAUGGUAAAGAUGUGCAUGCCCCCCAGCAAAGGAACAUUUUCUUCCAAACCCUAGUGGAUAAAGAGACUGUCUCUGGAAAUCUUGGCAUUUCAGAAGACUUCCAAAUACCUAUUCUUUUCAUGAGAGAUCAUGGAAACCUGUGUGAUUGUGAGAACCAGAACAUGUUGGAUUUGCAAAAGCCAGUCACAGUUGUGUACCCUGUUCAGCAAAACGAGUCCAAAAUUAAUAAGAACCUUAGGCAGAAAGUAAAUCGGAAGACAGAGAUAAUUUCUGAAGUGAAUCAUUUUGACAAUGACAAAUGUUGGAGUUGCUCAGAAAAGGGUAACUUGCUCUGCCUCCAAAAGGAGAGAGAAACCCUCCCUGGAGACCUGAAAGACUCGAGUGAGUUUCAAACCCCUGCUCUGCCCACCCAGGACAGUGGAAAGCCAUGCGAUUAUGUGACUCAGAAUGCCUCACGGGUGAGGGAGCAGGUCCGUGGUGUGCCAGCUGCUUGUCAGAGGGAUUCCAAAACGGGGGUGGCUAGAGAAAGAGGUUAUCAAAAUACAGAAAUAAUCUCUGAGCCUCCCCACCCCUGCAUGAGCAGAGGCAGAGGCCUGUACACCCUAGAAAAAGAUGACUUUGUUUCUUUAACCCAGAAGGAUGAAGAAACCCCUUCUGCAAACCCAGAAGUCACACACGAAUUUCAAACAGUUGAUCUUCCCACCAAAGAUCACAGAAAUUUAUGUGACUAUGAGACCCAGAACAGCUGUGUCACCAGUAUGCAGUUUCCUCAGCAAAACGAGUCAAAAACAAAUAAGACGCUUAGGCAGAAAGUAAAUCGGAAGACAGAAAUAAUUUCUAAAACGAUCCAGACACGUGAGGAUAUUGAUAAUGAUGUACAUGGCCGAAAAAGGUACUCAGAAGAUCUUGAUUUUAAAAUCAAUAAAUCUAAACCAAGACCCAAUCACCAAGGCCUCAUCAGGGAAUGCUAUAUGGAGAUCAAUAGUACUGAGAAGGAAAAUUAUGACCGAAUUUCUGAUCCCACUGAACUAGUUAAAAAGCGUAGGAAAAAAUCAUCAGGCAAGACAAGGAGCAUUCUGACAAGUGAUCAGAGAAAGCUGGCCUUACUGUCGUCGGCAGAUUCUCAGACACCUGCCUCCCCAGAGUAUGGCUUAACGCGAAUCGGCAGUGGGCCAGACUCUGCCACUAGAAGGCCGCGCUCCACAACUCCAGACGCAAAAGGCAAUGAUCCCUGGGUGGAAGCGAGGGAAGCCGGGCAGUGCCAGGCCACAGAGGUGACCAUGAGGACAUCCAGAGCAAAGCAGAGGAAGGCCUCCACAGCUCUUCGGCUGGGCUCCCCGGAAGCUGUGGCAGUCCUGCCCCAAGCCAGGCACAGGAGGCCUGCUGGCUCUGAGCACACCGACCAGGAAAAUCAUAGGGAGAGCAAGAGGACUGACAGUGCUGAGCCAGACUUUCACACAGAGCUCUUUCGUCCUUUUUCUCAGAGAUAUUCACCUGAUACACAGGGUGCUUCCUCUGAUGGUAUCCCUGAGGGUUCUAUGCCCAUGAGUGUUUCUUCUGGUAAAAUCCUGAUCACCGAAGACCAUUCUGCCCCUGAGCGCUCACCCCUCCUUCAGGUCCUCAGUGAUGGGCUCAAGAAGACGAAGGAGGUGCGAGCCAGUGUCGGUGGCAGAGCACAGAAGCCAGAGACAGGUAACAGAACACUACAGGAUCUGACAAACACCAGUUUCUUUUCAAGUAAAGCUGCGAAGUCUGAGAGUGAGUUGGGAGAUGGAGCCUCCAAGCCACCAAGCAGAAAGCGGAGGUGCACACCGCUCAGUCUGAGAGAGCCCAGCCUCAAAAGAAAGAUGAGAAGAUGAAGUGAAGAUGGACUCUAGUUUUUCUGAAUUCUCAAGGAACCAGAAGUCAGAACAAAAAUAUACCUAGGAUCACAAAGAUGGAACACUUGAGGAAAAGUUUUUUUCCCCCUUUUUGGGCCUUUGCUUAGAGUGCUGAUUUGUUCAUUCUUGUGUUUAAACAUAUGUGCAUAAAGUAGCUAGUUCUGUAAUAUUAAAUUUCUAAAAUA